AUGUUAAUUAUUACACUAUUUAACAAGUAUGUAAUAUUUGCUUCAUUACAGAUCUUGGAUACAAAAGACCUACAGGUAUUUAAAGUGACCGUAAAUGGACAGGAUGCAAAAUUCGUUUUUGGAGAAAAGCACAGUUUCAAGGGGACCCCCCUGGAAAUCACGCUUCCUUUUGAACUAAGAAGGGGACAAGAAGCAAUUGUCGAAAUCUCUUUUGAAAGCUCUCCGAAGUCUUCAGCUCUCCAAUGGUUUACUCCAGAGCAAACUUCUGGAAAGAAACACCCAUUUCUCUUCAGCCAGUGUCAGGCUACCCACUGCAGAGCCAUCUUCCCAUGCCAAGACACACCUGCUGUGAAACUAACCGACUAUGCAGAGAUAUCCGUUCCUAAAGAGUUGGUGGCUCUUAUGAGUGCUAAUCGCGAUGGAGAGAUGCCUGACCCAGAGGACAGCAGUCGCAAGAUAUACCAUUUCAGUCAGAACGUUCCCAUACCUUGCUACUUGAUUGCUUUAGUGGUUGGAGCUUUAGAAAGCAGAAAGAUUGGCCCAAGGACACUGGUGUGGGCUGAAAAGGAGCUAGUGGAUAAAUCGGCCUAUGAAUUUGCUGAGGCUGAAGCUAUGCUGAAAACAGCAGAAGAUUUAGCAGGACCCUAUGUAUGGGGACAAUAUGAUUUGUUAGUCUUACCACCUUCUUUUCCUUACGGUGGUAUGGAGAAUCCCUGUCUUACUUUUGUAACUCCAACACUAUUGGCAGGUGAUCGAUCUCUAUCAAAUGUUAUUGCUCAUGAAAUCUCUCACAGCUGGACAGGAAACUUAGUAACAAACAAAACAUGGGAGCAUUUCUGGUAG